AUGGCUGGCAGAGGCUCCGGCUGCGGCCUGCAGCCGCCGGCCGUAGCGCAGCCACCCAUCGGCGGUCACCUGUACCCCUUCGUGAGGGAGGCGGGCACGGAGAGCGAGGGGCCGGAGGAGGAGGGAGAAGUGUCGGAGCUGCGACCGCGGGGCAGGGAGAAGGUGCGGAGGAGCGCAUCGAGGGACAGGCUGGAUGAUAUCGUCCUGCUAUCUAAGGAUAUCGAGGAAGGGGACACUCUGAACGCCAUCGCACUUCAGUAUUGCUGCUCGGUUGCAGAUAUCAAGAGAGUUAACAAUCUUAUCAAUGAUCAAGACUUCUUUGCCCUGAGGUCCAUCAAAAUUCCUGUGAAGAAAUUCAGUGUGUUGACUGAAACACAUGUCUCUCCGAAAGGAAGACCUGUCCUUCGGCCUGCUUACUGCUCCCCAGAAGUGCAAGAGGUGUCACCUUCUGAUAAGUUCUGUGCUAAUGAGACUGCAGGAAGCUUCUUAAAAGAAGUUGAUCGAGAUAUAGAAGAAAUAGUGAAGUGCAAUGAUACAAAGAGAGAGAAUCUUAAUGAAGUCGUUUCUGCCUUAGCAGCCCAACAGGUCUGUUUUGAAACAGAUGGUAAAGCUAAAAAAUGCAAGGAUCCUUACUAUGGAGCAGACUGGGGCAUUGGAUGGUGGACAGCCGUGGUGAUUAUGUUGAUCAUUGGCAUAGUAACUCCAGUUUUUUACCUCCUCUAUUACGAAGUUCUGGUGAAAGCAGAUGUCAGUCACCACUCAACAAUGGAAUCUUCCCAUUUGUUUGUCACAGCAGCAUCACAGCAGAAAGAAAUGGGAAACGGAAUAAAUCCGGCCAAUGUUGUAAAUGUUGAUAAUCAAGGAGACCUUCAGCCUUAACAACAGGAAACCCCAAGCAACUGUAAUCCAUAGACAUGUAAUGCAUCAUUAGAUAAAGGGGAAACCACAGAAUGCAGGAGGCAUCUGGAACACAAGAGAAAUGCAUCCUGAUGUGUGACUUGCCUUCACGGGCAGUAUUCCAGUACCAGGAUGUUUCUGUACAUCCUGUAGCCUCCGGCUGUGCCUGAGUCAGGCAAUUUUAAUGCAAGAUUGAACUAUAAAUUAAGGUAUACAAUUGUCUCUGAUGCU